GUGGAAGAUGCUUGUGAGGCGCUACAAACAGGAUCCGGAAUUUCAAGAUUUAAAGAAAGCGAUACGCAGGAACAUGGCGAAUUUGGACCCGGAGUUACCAUAUACGGAACUGCCUGUUCUUUUCCCGGCGUUUACGGCGGUGACGGAGUUCUGCACCCCUUUUAUCGCAAGAAUCCAUAUGGAGGAGGUUAACAGGCGCUUGGCGUCUACAGCCUAUCGGAACAAAGUCUUGAUGGCUUACGCACGUCAAAGGCUGGCAGAUGUGAGGGGUAUGAACUGGGCUGAGCUCGGCUGGCUGAUUGAAACUUUUAUCGGUGAAGUGAUUUGUAAGAAAGGCAUGAAGCUAGGGGACUUCAAGGUUCCGAGAGAAUUCACCAAACUCCCUUUUGAGGGAGCAGAGCCGAAGCAGGUGCAGGCUAAGGGCUUUCGGGACGGUCAGGGAGUUGUACUACUUCCGGAUAGUUAUUUCUUCAAGUACACAGAUUUCGUGGUGGUGUUCAAGUCUGAAGGCGUCGUCCAUAUAAUCGCUGGGCAGAUAACCAUGAACCCCAAGAACCAUCGAAAGUCAGAACAGAAGUUUGUGAAGAAGUCAUACGUUCAAAUGUGGGUACCGGACGUGAGCGAGGACGAACUUCGGGUGCAUUAUGCCUUCUUCAGCCCGACGAAGGUUGAUUUGAACCCCGUGGACAAAGAGGCGGAUGCUAUGGAGUAUCAGCUGCAUGCUUCGACUUUCUUGGAGUCCUUCGCCGAUGGUAUCACGGAAGAAGAUUGCAAGUUGCUAGAGGAGCUGGAAGAGAAGAGAAAAGAGGCCAUGGAGAAGAGCAAGCAGUCCAAGAAGGAGAGGCGGUCUAAAAUGGACCCUGCGGUGCUGAACUGGGUCGAUAAAUGCAAGAAGGCAUUCCUGCAGGCGAAGGCGCGGAAGCAUCGGAUAUGGGUAACUGGAACUAAAGAGAGAAUCGUGAAGUCAAUAUUGGACGCAGGGGUUAUGAAGGACUGUGGCGGUCCUGGGAGGCAGUGUGCUGCAUGUGCCAUACUUGAGGGGCCCUUCUCACAGCUACGCUCACGGCGCAGGCCAAGACCAAAAUGUGAUAGCAAAGAGAACCUGAAGAGGAAGAAGCUGAUGCGGAAAACCUCUUCAAGUAGCGAUGAACAGAAGCAGAAGUGGAAGAAGGUAAGUAGUGACGAAGAAGAACUAGCAAGGAAUCUAGCUCUGCUGGAAUAGAUAGGAAAACUGUUGUUUGGUGAUAU